UACUACAUUAAACAGGCGGAUCACCUUAGUAACAUAAACAAAUAGUCGAACAGACACCUAAAUAAGGAUAUAAAUAUGGAAAGCAAGGACAAUCGAUCGAAAGAUAAACGCGGCAACAUGAAAAAAUAUCGCAAGAAACCGCCAACACAACAGAAUAAUAACACCUCGUCCAGCUCACAGGUGGAGAUAGUGCGUGGCGUAGUCGAUGUGGCGGAUUCCAGUGACGAACGAUUUGUUUCACGACGUGGUUGGGCUACUUCACGUCCACCGGCACAAACUCGUCGCUAUUCGCUGGAUGAUGAAGAUAAUGAUAUGAAUGAGGCAGAGUCGGCACAAAUGCAUGCCGGUGAUUUUGGUUUAAUGUCACAAUUGCCCACAUCUGUGGGUGGACACUUCCAGUUCUCAUCUGAGAAAAACUGGGAUACAGUGGAGGGCGAACAAUUGUUGGACAGCACUGAGGCUAGUCAGUAUUUCACGCUAAAUUUGAAAUUAUUAAAUGUUGGUUUGCAAACGAUACCGUUUUAUAAGCGCAUGGAUUAUGCAGCAUCUAUGUUUACACGCGAACAACUGCAAACGAUGGAGAAAGCUGCAGAAGUGGCAGAGAAAAAUUAUCAAAAUGUAUUGCAUGAACACAAGACGAAUCCACGCAUAAAAAUUAAUAGCGGUAGCCGGAAAAGUGGCUCCGGACGUUCACAGAGUAGUGCUAAACAGGCUAAUGCGGCACCAAGUGAAACUAAUGCUCCGGAUGAAUUGGAUGAGUUGCUGAAUUUAGCGACAGCUGCUGUUACAAAAGUAGACAUAAGUGGCGGCAGUGGCGCUGGAGCGGAGAAUGAAGCGGCGAAUAUACCGAAAGGUAAUGAAAACGUUACAGCAAACAAGGAUGACAUACAGGAAUGGUUGGAUAAUGUGUUGGAGGAGUAGUUGAACAAAUAACUAUGUAGAACUUUUAUUUCCCAAUAUGAAUACUAGAAUACAUUCAAAUACAUACGCUGUUCUUAUCAA